UUCCUCUCUCUCUUUUUCUCCCGCUUUUUUUUAUUUUCUUUUAUUUUCUCUACAAUUUUCCCUCAAAACUUCCCAAACACUCGUCCGAUCUCCCUAAAUCUCAUCCCUUUUUCUCUCCCCCACUGUUCCUCAAUCAAAAUUUUCCCUCCAAUUUUCCCUUUUCUUCUCCAAUUUCCCCAAACCCUCUCAACCGAUCCCCUUUUUUCUUCUCCUUUCUCUCGCUUUUCUCUCCGAGUCGCGAUUCGAUCUCCGGUUUGGAGCCAAUCCAUGUCUAACUCCUUGCCGCAGCCGCCGGAGCAGAUCGCGCAUCCGCCAUUGAAGCGGCAGCUUCCCUUUUCGUCGAUGAAGCCGCCGUUUUCAGUUCCCGCCAAUUAUCACCGGUUCGGUCCUGACCUCCGCCGGCUCACUUCCGAUCAAGAAGAUGAGGCCAUUAUUGUUAAGUCCCCACAGUUAAAGCGGAAGAAUGACAUGACAGAUCAUGAAGUUGAAUCUAGUGAUAGAACAGCUGGUCCUAGAUUUACCGAAGUAGUUAACAGCCCCCUUCAGACUCCUGUAUCAGUAAAAACGGGAAAGCCAACUAAAACAUCAAGGCUUACAAAGUGCAGUAAAUCUAGACCUCAAACUCAAACCCCCGUUUCAAAUAUUGGUUCUCCCUCUGGCACUAACCUUACCCCAGCUGGUCCUUGUCGUUAUGACAGCUCGCUCGGUCUCUUGACCAAAAAGUUCAUCAAUUUGAUCAAACACGCAGAAGAUGGUAUACUAGAUCUAAAUAAAGCUGCUGAUACUCUAGAGGUGCAAAAGAGACGAAUAUAUGACAUAACAAAUGUCCUGGAAGGAAUUGGUCUCAUAGAGAAGAAACUCAAAAAUAGAAUUCAGUGGAAGGGACUUGAGGUGGCAAGGACAGGGGAUGCAGAUGAAAAUUAUGGUAGCCUACAGGCAGAAGUUGAGAACCUAUCUAUCGAAGAGCACAGAUUAGAUGAGAAAAUAAGACAAAUGCAAGAAAGAUUGAGAGACCUGAGUGAAGAUGAAAAUAAUCAAAGAUGGCUGUUUGUCACUGAAGAAGACAUAAAGAGUUUACCCUGCUUUCAGAAUGAAACUUUGAUAGCAAUUAAGGCUCCACAUGGCACCACGCUUGAAGUCCCAGAUCCUGAUGAGGCUGUGGAUUAUCCUCAAAGGAGAUAUAGGAUAGUCCUAAGGAGUGCAAUGGGUCCCAUAGAUGUUUACCUUGUCAGUAAAUUUGAAGAAAAGUUUGAGGAGGUUAAUGGGGUUCAGGUCCCUACAAACUUUCCAUCAAGUUCAGGGAUUAAUGAGAACCCAGAAACAUCAAUAACUGUAGAGAAUAGAGCUGAGGACAUCGAGGCGCAGCCACAAUUUGAUGAUGGGAUUGGUGUGGAUCCUAAUGCCACACAAGAUUCAAUGAGUGGGAUGAUGAAAAUUGUUCCCUCAGAUGUUGAUAGCGAUGCGGAUUACUGGCUCUUAACUGAUGCUGAUGUUAGUAUCACAGACAUGUGGAGAACAGAUCCUGCAGUUGAAUGGAGCGACUUAGGGUUUCAUGACGACUAUGCAAUGAUUAAUGCUAGCAUGCCAAGGCCCCAAAGUCCAAAUUUGACUGUGGCGCCUUCUCAUGAGAAUCCUACGGGAGUUGAAACCACCUCUAAUAAUAAUCGAUCUGGAAGUUAAAACUUCUAAUAGAAUAUCGUGUUUGCUAUUCUAUAGGAAAUUCACGAGCUUGUCUUUCAGGAAACCUAUGAUGUCCAACCACGCCCCUUACACGCCUAUGCUGUUCGCUGUGAAGGUUGGAUGGAAGGUUCCAUGACUCUGGAAAUUUGAGAGCUGGAGAUAGAGGUAGUUGACUCAUUGUACAGGUUAAGUAAUACGUAACAAUGUAUCUAGUGGCCAUUAAAAAUUACAAUUUGUUAUGUAUCUGUGUAUAUUAGUUGCAUUCUAGAUUUUGACUAGCUGCUAGACAUCGGGUAAAGUAGAAUUCGGAUAGUGAUCAGGGAAGUUAAAAUGAUGGUACCGUUAACAAUUUAGUGUAGAAGAACCAGAUCGGAAAGACAGUUGGUGCAUUAUCUGUAUAUCUCUUUUCUUGACAAUGUUGUGAGGUGAUUGAAGUAAAUACCACUUGUUGCUGCACAAUUU